CUUGCUCAUCACUAGUCGCGGCACUAUUUACUUAUAUAUAUGUAUAUAAACACACACAUGACAACUUAGUAAAUAGAAAUGAAUAAAACCGUACAACCUCGGAUACUCAUAAGUUCCUUAAAACACUGGCCACGCCGCUAUGCAGCUGAUCAGACACAGGCGCGCUCCGAAAAACGUUCUGUGAGCGUUGGUCUUACACAACCGCCGGAUCCGCAGUUGGUAAAAACGGAUUACGUUGGUCCGCCGGAUCCGCAAUCCAAUCUGCGGCCCUAUGUGCGGCAUUACGAUGAGAAUGAAACGGAAUUGGCCAAGAAAUUACGUUUGUUACGCAUUGAAGUUGAAAAAUGGAAUAUGGAUUUUUGGACAAAACACAACAAACGGUUCUAUGAGGAAAAAGAGGACUUCAUACAAUUGCACAAAAUUAACGGAAACGAUGAGAUUAGCGCCGAUCAAAUGAGUGUUUUUUAUAAAUCGUUUUUAGAUAAAAAUAGACGCAUCCAUUUAAUGUACAAUAUUUCAUGGUAUUUGAAAAAUUUCGACAUGCUCACAUUAGCGUUUGCCGUAGAAGUGCAAAAUUUAUUAAAUCGACUUAGGAGAAAGACGUAGCAACCACCCAGCGCAAUCAACAACAGACAACAAAGUUUUUAACUUUAAAC